GCAGCCAUGAACCCGUUAUUUGGGCCCAACCUCUUCCUCCUCCAGCAGGAGCAGCAGGGCCUCCCCGGGCCGCUGGGGGACCCGCUGGGCAGUGACCACUUGGCCGGGGGAGGGGACGGGCUCCCGGCCGGGCUGGGCGCGUCGGGCCCCGCUGCCUACUCGCCCCCCGCCGCCAUGGCUCUCCGCAACGACCUGGGCUCCAACAUCAACGUGCUCAAGACCCUGAACCUGCGGUUCCGCUGCUUCCUGGCCAAGGUGCACGAACUGGAGCGCCGCAACCGGCUGCUGGAGAAGCAGCUGCAGCAGGCCCUGGAGGAAGGCAAGCAGGGCCGGAGGAGCCUGGGCCGGCGCGACCAGGCGGUGCAGACGGGCUUCAUCAGCCCCAUCCGGCCCCUGGGGCUGCCCCUGGGCCCAGCGCGCCCGGCCGGCGUGUGCACCCCGUCGGCUCGAGUGCUGGGCUCGCCCGCGCGCUCGCCCGCCGGGGCCCUGACACCCUCCGCCGCCUGCCCCUCGCCCUCCACCACCUCCGCCUCCACCUCCACCGCCUACUCGGCCUCGGCCCGGUUCAUGCCUGGCACCAUCUGGUCCUUCUCGCACGCCCGCCGCGUCGGGCCCGGCCUGGAGCCCACGCUGGUGCAAGGGCCCGGCCUGUCCUGGGUGCACCCCGACGGGGUGGGCGUCCAGAUAGACACCAUCACCCCGGAGAUCCGAGCCCUCUACAACGUGCUGGCCAAAGUCAAGCGCGAAAGGGACGAGUACAAGAGGAGGUGGGAAGAAGAGUACACGGUGCGAACGCAGCUUCAGGAGCGCGUGGCAGAGCUCCAGGAGGAGGCCCAGGAGGCUGACGCCUGCCAAGAGGAGCUGGCCAUGAAGGUGGAGCAGUUGAAAGCUGAGCUCGUGGUCUUCAAGGGGCUCAUGAGCAAUAACCUGUCGGAGCUGGACACGAAGAUCCAGGAGAAGGCCAUGAAGGUGGACAUGGACAUCUGUCGCCGCAUCGACAUCACGGCCAAGCUGUGCGACGUGGCCCAGCAGCGCAACUGUGAGGACAUGAUCAAGAUGUUCCAGUCUCUGCCCUUGUCUCCCCUGAAGGUCCCGUCCAUGGGGGGGCGGAAGCGGGAACGCAAGGCAGCCGUGGAAGAGAACCCCUCGGGGGCGGAGAGUGCCGGGCCCGGGCCCCCCGAGGGGGAGGACGAGAGUGCGGCCCUGAGCAUCAACGAGGAGAUGCAGCGCAUGCUGAACCAGCUGCGAGAGUAUGAUUUUGAGGACGACUGUGACAGCCUGACAUGGGAGGAGACGGAGGAGACGCUGCUACUCUGGGAGGAUUUUUCGGGCUAUGCCCUGGCGGCGGCCGAGGCCCAGGGCGAGCAGCAGGAAGACAGCCUGGAACAGGUGAUCCAGGACACUGAGUCCCUGUUCAAGUCCCGAGAGAAGGAGUAUCAGGAAACCAUCGACCAAAUUGAGCUGGAACUUGCCACCGCCAAGAAUGACAUGAACCGGCAUCUGCACGAGUACAUGGAGAUGUGUAGCAUGAAGCGGGGCCUGGAUGUGCAGAUGGAGACAUGUCGUCGGCUCAUCACACAGUCUGGGGACCGAAAGUCUCCUGCUUUCCCUGCGGUCCCACCAGCUGACCCGCCGCCUCCGGGGGAGGCUGAGGACUCCGAUCGAGACGUCUCAUCUGACAGCUCCAUGAGAUAGGGGGUGUCUGGGGUCCCCGCAGCACCAGGAUUAGGGUGCUCCCCCCACCCCGGGCUUCUUCCCUCCCACCAGGGAUCUGGGGUAUUGCCGAGGUGUGGUCUUCCCUUCCUGGGCCCUACUGCCUUCAGGCACUGGGUGGGGGUUUUGCCCCAUCUUGCACCCCAGUGCUGCCAGAGCCAGUGUAAGGCAGGCAGUGGGAUCAUCUGAUUCCCAACUGGUGCUACCUGGGCCCGGGCGCUGGUGGGAAGUGAUCGGGCCACGUGGCAGGGCCCUUCCCUUGUUAAGGGUGGGAGUGCCACUUACCAAAGGGGCCCCAGGGUAGGUCCUGGUGAGCCAGGGCUGAGACUGGGGCCAUUCGAGGUGGAUUGACAAAGCAAAGCUACCUGAUGUGUGUGCGUGUCUGCACACGCGUAUGCACAUGGCAUGCGCGUGCAUGAGCUCAGGGUCUUGAUUUCACAUGUCAGCUCACCCAGUGGGGCACAGGACCGGGGAAGGGCCUGGGAGGCUGUGCUGGGCUGAUGGUGGAAUCUGGAAUAAUAAUGUAACUGUCAAGUA